GCUAGCCCAAAGUCGACUAUAGCCAAGGCUUUGUCAACAGCAGGCGUCAUCAGGAAUAAUAAAAUAUUGUUGCCUGCCUUUAUCAACAGCAACAAACUAACUUAGGCCAAAAGAUCUCAAUAUAUAACAGCCCACUGUUUAGGCCUAGAAUCUAGACUCUAGAUCUAUGACCAAAACCAGCAGUACAGUAACAGUGAAGUUUACGGUGACCAUUUUGCCUUGGAAGAAAUAGAUCUAGAAUCUAGAUUCUAGAAUUAUAUCUAGAAUAUAUAUUAGAUCUAGAUAUAGAUAUAGAUAUAGAUCUAGAUAAUAUAGAUUUAUAGAUCUAGAGUCUAGAUCUAGAUUCUAGUCUAGACUCAAUAUCCUACUGACUGGAACUUGAGUUAUGGAUUCUGUAAUAUUCUUUGCUACACGUCCUGAUUUCGAAAACCUUUGUUGUAUCACUGUAUGCUGUGAUAUGGAGGGCAGUUUUCCAAACAGCCAAAUGAAGGCACAAGGCGAAGGCCUUCCUCUACAGUCCCACAUUUGGAAAUGUAGAGAACUGAUAUUUACAGAGCCAGGUGUGCUUGGAAGUCCUGCCUAUGAGCCAGGUCACAUUUUUCAUAUAGUUAUGACCCAAGACCUAUACAAGACAGGAAGAGUACAAGCCAGACUUCAGACUCAAGGCCUUCUUCCUAGCAAGCCCCACAGAGUGUCAGCCCCUUUGUACCAGACUUGCCUACAUUACACAGUACUUGCAAAGCUUGCUCCUGAGUGGAACAAAGUUGGUGACUGGUAUAUCAAAGGCAAAGAUUUCUUGUCUCAUACUGGACAUGCAUACGCAAUAAAAAUGAAGCUGUCUGUUAACAAGGAUGAAAUCUUUAUAGCUCUGACUGGGACUGUAGUCAGGUGCCCACCAUUGCAAGUGGAAGAUUUGGAUUUGUCUGAGAAGGAAAAGUUAGAUGUGCUCAAACUGGCAGACAGUGACACGCAGAGUAUUUCGUUGGAAGGUUUUCGUUGUCAUGUCUUACCGAGCAUGAAGCAAGGAUGGGUAACAUCUUUGUCCCUUCUUAUACCAGAAGAAAGCCCGUUCAACUCUUACAGGGAUUUCUGUCGAUACUGGAAAAAUGUGUAUGGUUACAGACUACCAAGAACAGAUGAAGCCAUCUUGUACUGCCAAGUUUCUUUUUUCUCACCUGGAAAGGGAAAGAAAUUCACUUAUCCAAACGUGUGUUUGAGAGUGCACCCACUUCACGUGAUGGGGAGAGUAGACCCAAAACCUGUGCUGAAGUGUUUCCUUCAGGAUCUUCAUUCUCGAGUGAACACUGUCUGUGGCAUGCCCCUGAGGUUUGCGCCACGCAUUCAGUUUCCAGUCCCAUCCCUUGUCAACAGCAGCCAGGCAGGGGAGCACGCAAGCCUCUCCAACAAGUCCCACAAGAAGUCAGCAAUACCCUAUCGCAGCAGUCAAAGUGUGAACCGCUUGCUGCAUGGUCCCCCAAAUAACGGACAGUCUUCUUGCAACGAAAGAACUGAGAGACCUAUCGUGCCAUUACCUGAUCGUUCUAGUGAGAGCGUAUCCUGCAGGGCUGAAAACAGAGACAACAGUCAACUCUGCACAGUGAAGGAAGCUGAUAAUAAUGCUAGAGAAUCUUCAAGUGGCAGAGCGGUUGGUAAUGUUGGUGAACAGCAGUCUCUUUCAAAAAGUGUGCAUGUGGAUAAACCGUCUCCAUCAAGUGGUCCUAAAGGAUUGAAGAUUUCAAACAUUAAUAAAACUCCAAGUGGUCUUCCGUUAGUGGGAUCAAAAGAUCCGCCUUCAGUUCCACAGAAAAGUAACUCUUGUGAGCAUUCCUUCUCUGGCAGCAGUGGUCCUGAGAGCAAAACAAAUCCCACUGCUCCACGAUUUGUUCCCCGCUUCAAGCCAAAGCAAAUGCUUCAGCAAUGUUCCGUGCAAAAAAAAUCAGGAGAGAAAGUUUCAACUUUGAACGAAAGAAAGUCUGAUAAAUUGGUUCCAGUAUUCAAACAAACCAUAAGAUGUCCCUUUCAAGUGCCUGACACACCAGUUAUUUCUGGGCGGAUACCUCAUCAUGAGAUUGAGACAGGGAAUGCAUCGAUUGCCCGUGAAUCCCCAGGAGCUCCAAUGAAACCAGCUUUUGGCAAGCCCAGUCAUGUCUUGUCACAUCAGAAAAAGUUCUCUGGAAACAAAUCUUUGUCAGCAUCACCUAGUGUUUGCAAGAACUUGAAAAGAAAAGCUCCAAUUCCGGGAGAUCCUCCCAAGAAGGCCAGAACAGCUCCUCAGGUUCAGGAUGUAGAUGUAGAGAAACUGGCCCGAAUGAAUCAGCUGGCAAAAGUGAAUUCAGCGUCUCUGAUAGCUUGGCUGAAAGAGCGAGGUGUUGCAUGCCGGACAAGGGAAAAGAAGAUGGACUUGAUGAACAAAGUGUGUCAUCACUUACACAUCUCUGCACCUGAACAGUGACCGCAUGUAACAAGUUGAACAUGCUGUCCACACAUUAAGCCUCAGUGCUGUCUAUUUUCAGUCUUUUCUCUAACUAGAUAAAGAUGACUGUCAUGUGAAUCCCAAUUUUUUUCUCAUUCAGUGUUGCUCAGUUUUUAAAAUGUGCAUAUCCAUUAAAUUGCUCUUCUCAAACAUG